CUGGGAUGCAGGAUUAACCUUCCAGCCCCAUCAACUCCCACAGCUCAUCCCGGGCCCUCCCUCCUGUGACACCAGGUCCUGGCAAGACAGUUCCCUAGACCUGAGGCCUCAGUUUCCGAAUCUGCAGGAAGUGACGCGCUUGGCCCGGGAGCUGCGGACACGGAGGCCGACGGAACCGGAGUUGCGGACGCCGCGGGGUCUCCGGGACAGGUGUCCUUUCUCUGUGUGUGCCAGGAUCCUUCAAUAGAGGAGAGGAUGCAGCGGUUUCAGGAUGCUGUUGGCCUAACUUGCUGCUGUUCUCUCUGCCCUCAGUGCUGCCUCCAUAUUCUGUGAGGGAGGUUGGUCACUGUGACUCUGGCCCCAGUUGUCAAGAUGGCCGCCACACUGGAUUUCCGAUCCAAGGAGGAGAAGGACGCUGAGUUGGACAAGAGGAUUGAGGCCCUUCGGCGGAAGAAUGAAGCCCUCAUCCGGCGCUACCAGGAAAUUGAGGAGGACCGGAAAAAAGCUGAACUGGAGGGUGUGGCAGUGACAGCCCCCCGGAAGAGCCGGUCCAUGGAGAAGGAAAACAUGGCAGUGGAGGAGAAGAGCCUGGGCCCCUCUAGGAGGAAUCCUGGGACCCCUCGGCCCUCAGGGGCCAGCAGAGGGGGCCGGACCCACCCCCAGAAGGGAGGCCGGGCAGGCGUGGGCCGGGCAUCCCGAAACUGGGAGGAUGGUGCCGGGGAGCAGCCUCGAGGGGGAGCUGGGGGCCGGGGCCGGAGGGGCCGGGGCCGGGGAUCCCCUCAUCUCUUAGGGGCAGGAGAUACUUCAGCCUCCGAUCGCAAGUCCAAGGAGUGGGAAGAGCGACGCAGGCAGAACAUCGAGAAGAUGAAUGAGGAAAUGGAAAAGAUAGCAGAGUAUGAGCGCAACCAACGGGAAGGGGUGCUCGAGCCCAACCCAGUGCGCAACUUCCUUGAUGACCCCCGGCGUAGGAGUGGACCCUUGGAGGAGCCAGAGCGGGAUCGCCGGGAGGGCAGCCGCCGGCAUGGGCGCAACUGGGGGGGCUCUGACUUUGAGCGGGUGCGCUGUGGCCUGGAGCAUGAGAGGCAGGGCCGUAGGGCUGGCCUGGCCAGUGGAGGCGACAUGACAAUGUCUAUGACGGGCCGUGAGCGGUCAGAAUACCUGCGCUGGAAGCAGGAGAGGGAGAAGAUUGACCAGGAGCGGCUGCAGCGACAUCGCAAGCCCACUGGCCAGUGGCGGCGGGAGUGGGAUGCUGAGAAGACCGACAGCAUGUUCAAGGAUGGCCCAGCCCCCACCCACGAACCAUCCCACCGCUAUGAAGAUCAGGCCUGGGCCCGGCCUCCUAAGCCCCCCACUUUUGGAGAGUUCCUUUCGAAGCAUAAAGCAGAGGUCAACAGCCGCAGGAGGAGAAAGAACAGCCGACCCCAGGCCAAGGUGGCCCCCCGUGCCUACAGUGACCAUGAUGACCGCUGGGAGACAAAAGAUGAGGCAGUGUCCCCAGCCCCUGAGGCCUCAAGGUCCAUGUCCCUAGAGGAGGAGACCCCCACGCAGAAGCCUCCUGAGACCCCAGUCCCUGCCCACCGGCCUCCUGAGGAGGAGGGGGAGGAAGAUGAGGGGGAAGAAGAGGGGGAAGGGGAAGAAGAGGAGGAAGAGGAUGAGGAGGAUGAAGAAUGGGAGGAUGUGAGUGAAGACAUCACUGAGGAUGAGGAUGAGAUUGAGGAGGAAGAAGAGGGUGCCAAGGAGCAGAAGGAAGCAGCCUUGGAUCACCAGUCUCCAGAGGCUGAGCCUGCUGGGAAACCUACCUGUGAGCAGGUGGACCCUGCACCUGCCCGACCCCGGGAGCCGCUGUCCCCGGCCCCAGCUGCACCUUCCAGCCCCUUUUCGCCCACCGGGGGCCACCAACCUGUGUCCGACUGGGGAGGUGACCAGUCAGCCCCUGCCUCUCGGGAGAGUGGGCCCAGCCUUGCAGGAGCCCCGAAGUCUGAAGAGGAGGGGUCUGAGGCAUCUCCAGAAGCCGGCCCCGAGGGCCAGGAGACGUUGGAGAUCACGGACUUCCAGAGGGCCUCCCCGAAUUCCUGAAGACGCUCCUGGGAGGGGAUGGGGCACUGGACGGGGAUUCCCUGGCCCUCCAGGCUGGGUGGGCCUCCCCUCAGCCCACUUGGACCCCAGGGCUCUAGGGAGGGGGUGGCUAAACUGGUGCCAGGAUUGCUGGGGACAGGAGUCUGGCCGGGGUGAGGGGUGCUACAGCAUCCUCUGAGCCUGAAAGCCCUCGGACACCUGCAGCGAGUGCAGGCUGGACCGCUAGGUGCCCGGGAGGGCACCCAGGGGGUGCUGCUAGGGCGAAGCUAGUACGCGUGUGGGGCCAGUGAGCCCUGCCUGAGCUGCUUUAGGGGGUCCCCAAGAGGUGCUGGGGCCUGGCCACCGGUGGGCAGGGUGUGACCAGCUUGCGGUGUUGAGUCGGUGGGUGAGGGAAAAGGUAGGGUCCAGACGAGGUUGGAGCGCGAGAGCUGAAGGGCCAGGCCCUGUGCUGGAGUUCGUUGGGUAGAGAGGGCAGUGGACCAGGCAGAAUACGGGGCCGGGAACUGGGACCGCACGGCUGCGAGGGUCCCAGCUGCCAGGGUGAUGUCCCAGGAGGGGGCGGGCCAGGGAAACACUGGCUGAGGUGGACUAAGGACCGGA